CACGCAUAUAUAUAUAUAUACACAACACCAAUUCACAGACAGGAAAAAAAAAGGAUGAAGAACCCUAACAUGUCCUUCCCAGUGAUCUUUCUCUCGAUUGUAUUGGCAGUGGUAUCAGCACCAAGUGCAGUCCAUGCCCAAGGCACUGUACUGGACACCAAAGGCAGGCCGGUUCGUGCCGGUGAACCUUACUACGUCCUGCCAGCGGACGGGAAUGGAGGCGGUCUUAGGCAUGAAAGCAGGGCUACUUUCCACCCACGCCCUUGUCCUCACGGCGUUGUCCAGGCUCAGUUUCCGGGCAGCCUGGGAGAUCCUGUCACUUUCUCCCCAUGGAACUCCAAACUAGGGUUUGUACCAGCAUCCACUAAUCUCACCAUCGAAUUCUCUCCCGACAGUUCGUCUUGCCCCGAUCAGCCCUUGGUCUGGACAAGUGCUUUCUCCGCGUGGCUAAGAGGGUCCUACGUGAGCACGGGCGGUGAGGUGGGCAGGGAAGGCAGCUGGUUCAAUAUCUUGGAAGACGGAGGAGGCGGGUACAAGAUUCUUCACUCUCGUAGCGGCGACCAAGUCGGCAUCUUUGACGAUCAUCUUGCCGAUGCCCGUGUCGUGGUUCUUGGUUUCAGGCCCUUGAGAGUGAAGUUCGAGAUGGCUUACGAGACAACAGACGAGCUCUUGAAGAAGACUGGCUGAGUGAUGGAUGUUUUUCAUGUGUAAUUUGCCUAUCGCUUAUGGAUGAUGUGAUGGAAUUAAUGGUUUACGAAUAAAAUCUUAUUUUAUAU